GUCACUGGAGGUCUCUCAUUCUGAAGAUGGCGGCUUCGGCAGCGAGAACAGCAAUGGCAGUGCGUACGAAUAUCCGCCGGCCGGUUGCGUUUGUCAGAAAAAUUCCGUGGACCGCGGCCUCGAUUUUCUCUUCUUAUACAGGUGAACUGAGAGAACACUUUUCACAAUUUGGCCAUGUAAGAAAGUGUACUGUUCCUUUUGACAGAGAGACUGGCUUUCACAGAGGUAUGGGUUGGGUUCAAUUUUCUUCAGAAGAAGAACUUCACAAUGCACUACAACAGGAAAAUCAUGUUAUUGAUGGAGUAAAGCUCCAUGUUCAAGCUCAAAAACCCAAAGCUUCUUUGCAAGGGGACCAAACAUCUGAUGAAGACAAAGAUUUUUGAGACCAUCACUGCCUAUUAAAUAAACAAAACUGGAAAUUU